GCGCGGGGUGCCGGCGAUGUCCGGGUCCCGGGCGGCUCCUCCCGGUUGAGCGGCGGCUCCGCGCGGGCCCCGCGCCCUCCCCGCGCCGCGGGGUCCGGCAGCCGCGGCCCGCCCGGCCGGGCAUGAGGCGGAGCGGCGGCGGCACAAAGGCUCCUCCGGGGCUGCGCGUUGCCUGACGCGGCCCAGCGCCCCCGGGCCCCGCCGUGGCGGGACGAUGUCGCAGGAUCACGACAUGGACAAGACGAUCAAGGAAACCUCCAUUUUAGAGGAAUACAACAUUAACUGGACUCAGAAGCUGGGAGCUGGGAUCAGUGGGCCUGUUAGAGUCUGCAUGAAAAAGUCCUCCCAAGAACGCUUUGCACUGAAAAUCCUCCUCGAUCGUCCAAAAGCUCGAAAUGAGGUACGUCUGCACAUGAUGUGUGCAACACAUCCCAAUAUUGUUCAAAUUAUUGAAGUUUAUGCUAACAGUGUGCAGUUCCCACAUGAAUCCAGCCCCAGGGCUCGGCUCCUAAUUGUAAUGGAGAUGAUGGAAGGGGGAGAGCUCUUCCACAGAAUCAGCCAGCACCGGCACUUUACUGAGAAGCAAGCGAGCCAAGUAACAAAGCAGGCAACUUUGGCUUUGCAGCAUUGCCACUCACUAAACAUUGCACACAGAGACCUCAAGCCUGAGAAUCUCCUCUUCAAGGAUAACUCUCUGGACGCACCUGUUAAAUUGUGUGACUUUGGGUUUGCCAAAGUAGACCAAGGUGACUUGAUGACACCCCAGUUCACUCCCUAUUAUGUAGCACCUCAGGUAUUGGAGGCACAAAGAAGACAUCAGAAAGAAAAGUCUGGUAUUAUCCCCACCUCUCCAACCCCUUACACUUACAACAAGAGCUGUGACCUGUGGUCCCUGGGGGUCAUUAUCUACGUGAUGCUGUGUGGAUACCCCCCCUUUUACUCCAAGCACCACAGCCGGACGAUUCCCAAGGACAUGAGGAAAAAGAUCAUGACAGGAAGCUUCGAAUUCCCAGAGGAAGAGUGGAGCCAGAUCUCGGAAAUGGCAAAAGACAUUGUGAGAAAGCUGCUGAAGGUGAAACCUGAGGAACGCCUGACCAUUGAGGGGGUGUUGGACCAUCCCUGGCUCAAUUCCACUGAGGCCCUGGACAACAUCCUGCCCUCUGCCCAGCUGAUGAUGGACAAGGCCAUGGUGGCAGGGAUCCAGCAGGCUCAUGCAGAACAACUUGCAAACAUGAGAAUCCAGGACCUCAAAGUGAGCCUGAAGCCCCUUCACUCCGUGAACAACCCCAUCCUGCGCAAGCGGAAACUCCUGGGCACCAAGCCAAAGGAUGGUGUUUACAUCCAUGACCCCGAGAAUGGAAGCAAUGAUUCCAACGUGGCUCUGGAGAAGCUGAGAGAUGUGAUUGCUCAGUGCAUUCUACCACAGGCUGGUAAAGGAGAGAAUGAAGAUGAGAAACUGAAUGAAGUGAUGCAGGAGGCCUGGAAAUACAACAGGGAGUGCAAAUUGCUGCGAGAUACCCUGCAGAGCUUCAGCUGGAAUGGCAGAGGAUUCACAGACAAAGUGGAUCGACUAAAACUGGCAGAAAUUGUCAAACAAGUGAUUGAAGAGCAGACAAACUCCCAUGACUCUCAAUAGCUGGAGCUUCUUAAUCUUAUUUUUUUUACCAUUUAAGAUUUAUUCUUUAACUGUAAAAAGUAUUUUUAUGUAAAUUAAUAAAUCAUAAUUAUUUCAUUAAA